UACUAUUGUAAAGAUCAAUCAAGUUCGACAAUCUGUAAAAGAAAAUAUUAAUUCGAUUAUUCUAUGGGCCAUUGGCACCUACCCUGUCGAACAAGAAGACAAUGACAUCGAAAUGGUCAUGUUCAUACCGAUCGAUCCAAAUGAUAGAGAUCCUGACAGCCAAGCUAUAUUCGAAAAAAAUGAGUACUACGCCAUUAGCGGAAAAAUUAUUCCUGAACAUUACCGUGUUGCAACAUCAACACAUAUCAUGAUUAACAGGAUAAUCAAUAAGCAACUUAAUUCAAACAACUGUCCGUUAAAUAUUUCUCUGGUUGGCGUCGCUCAAAAUACACCUGAAGAGCUUAAAAACAAUGAAAAUGCCAUCAUUAAAACUUCAAUUACUGACUAUACCACUGAAGAACACAACUUUACAGUAAACAUUACUUAUCCAUAUAAUAACUCUCGAUUCAAGCAUUUUAAGAACUCUAUUCGCCCAAACGAAUCUAUGCUCUUCAUUGUCGGUCAACUAGAAAUCAUUGAAAAUGAAUUUUACAUAUAUGCCAAAGAUAUCUCAUACAUUGACAUUCAAGCAAUCACUAAAAAACGAAUCUUAGACUCUAACAAUAUUAAAAUUCUCAAGUGCCAAAGCGUGCAAAAACCGAAAAAAACAGAUGAAAAUACUAACUAUGAAAAUACAUUACAAACAGAUCAAGAAAUAGCUGAAACUUCUUCUGAAGAAACAGUCAAUAAGAAACAUGAAAAUAAAAAUCACGAUCAAUCAAAAACGCGCGAUCAUAGUAAAAGAAAUAAAAGUAAAAAUCAACGUACACAUAAUACUAGGCAAACACGCA